AUGCCACCCGACAGUGUUCGAGUGAAACAAGUCAUCGACGACACAUCACGUGCUGUGUAUUCUGUGUUACCUACGUCGUACGACACACAGGCCACGCAAUACGACCAGAUUACCCGGUCAUUUGUUCCGGCGGCACUAGCCGCCCCUGCCGCGCCUACCGCGAUAUACGCUGAUCGUAUUUCGGACCGUUCCGAGUUUUCAACAGCACCGGCUGUUUCAUCCGCGCUGGCGACACACCACGUGUCUUCCGUACCAACCGUGUCGCAUCGCUUCGCACCUUCAGCUGCCAAAUGUUACAUCUUGCCUCCAGGCGUAUACCAGUUUCUGGACCCCGCCUUGUCUCCAGUCGCACAGCCGUCCAAGACCCCAAAACUGCCACCAUUCAAUCGUGACAAUCCUGUCACUCUGUUUGCUCUAGUCGGGCAUGUGUUUGAACUUAAUGGUGUUAUCUCAGAUGACGCACGAUACUCCAGUUUGAUUACUCAUCUACACGACGAGCUCGAGCGGGUGAGUGAUAAAAUUAAUUCACCACCACCUCUGCCAAAAUAUAUUUCGUCGAAGAAAAUUAUUGUGGAAAGUUUAGCACGCACUACGGACGAGGCGCUGCAGCAAAUCAUCCGUGUCGAGCAAAUUCGAGAGAGAUCGCCGUCUCAGCUGUGGCGUCGACUACGCUCAAUAGUCGACCGGCAAACCCUGUCGGACACUGUCCUGUGGGCCAUUUGGAUACUGUCAACUGGAGAUAAUGAAGUUGCUGGAGAUUCAAUAGCAUCUGCCUGCGAACUCCCAUCUGAUAAUCUACUUGCAUCAGGAACUGAUGGCCUACGUGUGGGCCCAGGAUUCUCAGAAAUGUACGAGCUUGAAUUCGCAGAACAUGCAAAGUCUGGCAUGACUACGUACGAUAAAUUCCACAGUAAAAAGAAAAUAUUUUCUGAGUUCAACACAGCAAGUACGGCGAGCGAAGUUGAUCAAAAGAUCAAAUACCCUGCAGUAUUAUUACCGAUGAAACCAGUUUUGGAUUAUUUUUUCUUAUUUAUGGAGACUUCUUCAAUACAUGGUUUCAACCACUUGACCAGCAGGAAGAGGACACCAGCUGAAUACAUACUCUGGCUCAUCGCUAUCUGUGUCGGUGUCGUCGGCUGUGUUCUGCUGAGCACUUCCACCUGGCACCGCUACCAGGAGAACCCUACAGUCAUUUCCAUGGAGCGAGACUACCAACAAUGGAAUACAUCAUUUCCUACAGCUACACUCUGCCCACGAAUGGCACCCAAUGAUAGAAAGGUGCAAGCACUCUCAGCCAAUUUGAGCACAAGGGGUUUUAAAGCUGCUUCGUUCUUAACGCAGCUAACUCAAGUAUCCUACGGAGCAAACAUGAAUAAUUUACCAUUAGAUCCUGAUCAUAAAUUCCAUCCGGAAGAAUACUUAAAUCUAAUAUAUGCGGUCACUAAUAGUUUUGGUUACAGCAUAGGGACUAACGUGGGCGCGAGUAUUCCGUUUCUUAUUCAGCAUACUAGUGAAAUGGGAAUUUGUUAUACUUACAAUACGAACGUCGCACAGUAUAACUCCAAACCGUACUGGGACGCUAACAACUGGACGCUGUACCACCCUAUGAAUCUGAUAAGCGGGAACGAGCUAGACGGCGACCUGUUUGCGCAGAUCAUGAACAUGCAUGAACCAUCGAUUGUGUAUAUCCACGGGCCCAACGAGAUUCCGGACUCCGCAAUCCGCCACACGGAGCUACUUCAAAACCAAUACAAGACUCUGGACUUGACGGGCUUGGCCAUAUACAGCACGGCGAACACGCACUCGCUGUCGGUGAAGCAGCGCAAGUGCCGCUUCCUGCACGAGAGCAACCUGCUCAUCAGCCCCGUCUACACGUACAACAUGUGCCGCAUGCAGUGCCGCAUGCAGCUGUCCUACGACCUCUGCGGCUGCGUGGCUCACUUCUACCGCCCUGUCGGAAAAUUCCCUAUAUGUGAUUCUGAAGGGAUUACAUGCCUUGGAGAACAUUCUGAUUCUCUCAUCAAGGUGAUCGAUCCUAAAACGCAGAAUAAAGUUUGUGACUGUAUGCCGCCCUGUGAUGACGUCAAUUACAUGAUUGAACUAGAAAACGACAUGCCAUGGUUUCUCGGCACAAAUAUUAAGUGGGGAUUGACGAAGUAUCCCCAGAUGAGGCUCAAACGUGAUGUGCUUUUCGGAUUUACAGACUUAUUAGUGUACAUCGGUGGUACAGCAGGAUUAUGCCUCGGAUGCAGCGUCCUCAGUUUCAUAGAAAUUAUUUACUUCUUCACCAUCCAUCUCUUCUGGUUCAUCGUUAAGGGUAAAAGAUUCUGCUGUGUAAGAAGAAUGGACUCUAGAUAAUCAAGAUAUUCUCCUGAUAAUAAGCAAUAUUUUAUGUAGAAAUUGGACAUGUGCCGUUGAAUAGACAAACUAGCUUUCUAUUGUAUUUAUUCGUAAGUCGCAACAUAUGCCUAACAGAGCAAGAAUUUCUUUAAUACGCAUCGUGGAAAUAUCAUGUUUAAAAGGUUAUCCUUAGAAGAAAAUAGAGAGAAGACGUCUUUGCAUGAUGUGCUGAACCGCCGUGUUACUUUAUCUUUCGUAUUUACACUAACACUUUCUCUACCUGUGACUUAAUUGUAAAAAUUAUUUCUCAAGAUAAGUCAAUUACACUCGCUGAAAACUAAACACAAACACUAAGGCA